AGCAGCACAGAAGCUUAACCUGUCUUCGAAGAGAAAGAAAUACCAUCCGCCCCUGCCACACACACACGACUUCUCUAUUUAUGCUACUAACUUUAGUGGCAUCCUGCAGCUCUGCCCUCCCCCAGCACCACCAUGCCUUCUGAGAGCUGUGUCCAAAAUCAAGGACAACCCUGGCAUUGGAAAGGUGAAAGUGAUGGUAAGGAUUUGUCCCUCUCAAGGAGCACAUGAAACAUCUGAAUCCAUGUCCUUCCUAAAGGUAGACCCACGAAAAAAGCAAAUCACAUUUUAUGAUCCAGCAGCAAGUGGACCUUCCAAUGCAGGUCACAGGAGAGGCGUUGUCGCUGUCCCAAAGAUGUUUGCCUUUGAUGCGGUUUUUCCCCAGGAUGCUUCGCAGGCUGAGGUAUGCUCUGGAACAGUAGCAGAAGUAAUCCAGUCUGUUGUGAAUGGUGCAGAUGGUUGCAUAUUUUGCUUUGGUCAUGUCAAGCUUGGGAAAUCUUUUACCAUGAUUGGGAAAGAUAACUCCACGCAAAGCCUUGGUAUCAUCCCCUGUGCAAUUUCUUGGCUCUUCAAAUUAAUCAAUGAACGUAAAGAAAAAACUGGGACUCGUUUCUCUAUUAGAGUGUCUGCUGUAGAGAUCAGUGGCAAAGAUGAAAACCUUAAGGAUUUGUUAGCUGAAGUAGCCACUGGCAGCCUUCAGGAUGGCCAGUCUCCUGGGGUUUAUCUGAGAGAAGAUCCAAUAUGUGGAACUCAGCUUCAAAACCAAAGUGAGCUAAGGGCCCCGUCAGCAGAGAAAGCUGCCUUUUUCCUUGAUGCUGCAAUUGCUGCCAGAAGUACCAGCAAACCUGAAUGCGAGGAAGAAGAUAGGAGGAAUUCACAUAUGCUCUUUACUCUUCACAUAUACCAGUAUCGCAUGGAGAAGAGUGGCAAAGGAGGAAUGUCUGGAGGACGCAGCCGUUUGCAUCUCAUUGAUCUAGGAAGCUGUGAAAAAGUGCUAAGCAAGAGCCGAGAUGGGGGAGGCUCUCUCUGUCUGUCUCUCUCUGCCCUGGGCAAUGUAAUUUUGGCCUUAAUUAACGGUGCUAAGCAUGUGCCAUAUAAGGACAACAAGUUGACAAUGUUGUUGAGGGAAUCACUUGGGAACAUCAACUGCAGAACUACUAUGAUUGCGCAUAUUUCUGACUCCCCAGCCAAUUAUGCAGAAACUCUCACCACCAUUCAGCUUGCAUCACGAAUCCACCGAAUGAGGAAGAAGAAAUCCAAGUAUGCAUCCAGCUCAUCUGGAGGAGAGAGUUCAUGUGAAGAAGGACAUGUCCGAAGACCGCCCCAUUUGCGACCAUUCCACCCACGAACUGUUGCCCUUGACCCUGACCUUCCUGUCCUGAGCAUAUCUAGUGAUCCCGAUUAUUCCUCCAGCAGUGAACAGUCUUGUGAUACCGUCAUCUACGUUGGUCCCAAUGGUGCCGCUUUGUCUGACCGGGAAUUGACAGAUAAUGAAGGUCCUCCAGAGUUUGUUCCUAUAAUCCCAUCCUUAAACAAGAAGAGAAGUAAAGACAAUUCUGCUAUUGGUAGGAGUUCUGACAAGGACCAUUUUAAAUGCAACACUUUUGCUGAACUGCAAGAAAGGUUAGAGUGCAUUGACGGAAGUGAGGAACCCAUCAAAUUUGCUUGUGGAGAAAUCUCUGUUGUGUCCAAUUGUAGUCCAGUCCCUGGAGGUACAGAAAAUGCACAGUCUAGGCUGAUAAAGGAAAAAAUAUCUUCUCCUUCUGGAGGAUUUAAGAAACCAGUUCCACAAGAAACUGCAUCUCCCAAAAAAGGACAUAACCUUCCUUUCCAGGCUGUUGCACCAAGGUGUGGCAAUGGCAAUUGUAAUGAAAAGAGCACAUCUCACUUGAAAACAGAGCUGUCCAAGCCACAGAGCAGAGCCGACAACAAAAUGAUAGACUCAGUACUGGAGGGAGAGAGAGAGACAAUCACCGAUUCCCUACAGUCCUCAAGGUGUAGCCCUACAAGGCAUCUGGAGCAGAAUAAGGCCACAGCUGAAUGUGUCAUUAAGGAAAGGUCCUUGUACGUGAAGAGGUCCUUGCCAAGCCCAGCACCUCCACCUCCACAGCAGAAAGAGCAUGUACUGAGCUCCAAAGCUGAGAAUUUGGAGCUGGACGAUAGCAAUGGAGUUAGGACUCCUCCUGUGGGAAUGAGCAAGCAGAUGGGAAACAAACCUGAUCAAAACGCUGUAGGAAGCACGUUCCUGGUUGGUAGCAAUGCCCAGAGUCAGUCAGGCGCGAUAGAGGUACACAGCUUCAGGUCAGCGUUCAGAGGGAAGUGUUUUGAUCGGGAUAUACUAACCACCACGGUAACUUUGCAGCAGCCUGUUGAACUGAAUGGAGAGGAUGAGCUUGUUUUCACUGUGGUAGAAGAACUAUCGAUUAGCGGGAUUAUGGAUAAUGGAAGACCUUCCAGUAUCAUUAGCUUUAACAGUGACUGCUCCCUUCAGGCCCUUGCAUCAGGGUCAAGGCCGGUCAGUAUUAUCAGCAGCAUAAAUGAUGAGUUUGAUGCUUAUACCUCACAGGAGGCUUCCACCGGUGUAAAUAUUGAUAUUGUUGUGCCCUUUGCUAAGGAUCCCUUUACGAGUAGCAGACGUUCCUCCAUCAGUUCGUGGCUCAGUGAAGUCAGCAUCUGUACAAUCGAAAGUGAUGGAGCCCAGUCUAGUGACAGUUUUGUCGCACAGUCAUCUUACAGCUGUAAUAAGUCCGAGGAACCCUUCAACUUGGAUUCGUCCCAUUUAUCUGUCCCCCUAAAAAGCGCUCUGAACGACAGUGGGUUUUGCUUCUCUGAACUGGAGAGUGAGAGCAUGAGUUCUAGCAAGCUGUCCUCAGGCAUCAGCAAAAGCCCUCAAACCUCUGAAACUACCAAAGCCUCUCAGAUAAAAAGUGCUUUUUGUGUCACUGAUCAGCCUGUAAAAAUAAAAUUUAGUAAUUCUCGCGAUACGCCUGUGAUAGAAACAAUACAUUCUAGUCUUCCUAGGAAAACAAAAACUACCUCAUCUCCAAUCCACAAUAAUACUGUCCUCAGCUAUAAAGAGCUGCAGAAUCCACAUGGUAUAUUUGAAGAUCCCUGGCUGUUGCGCACCGAUUACCAGUUGGAAGCAAAGCCUGCAGACUCACUGCUGUCUCCAAAAUCUCACACAUUUGGUACUGAGAAGCAGCCAGGAAAAGCUGCCCAGUAUUUUGACGCAGCGUCCAGGCCAACGAAGUCACAGACUAUGCUUGCCUGUUCGCAGAGGGUUGUGGAUGGCUGCGAAAUGGCCUGCAAAUCCUCCAGCGGAGCUGCAAAGAAGUCAGAAGUUGCGAUGAAGAUGCCACAGCUGAAGAGAGGAGCCACCACGCUGGGAGUGAUGCCAGUGUCACACGCUAACAGUACUUUGUCGGAGGCUGUGACUCGAGGGAAUUCCGAUGCUCCGUUGGCCACUGGCAGCUUGAAGUCAUCACUGGGGAAGAAGAGCACACCACAGAAGUCGACCAUGUUGCCCAGGCCAGGUGGGCCAACACCUCCAACACCUCCUGUACGCAAGUCGAGCCUGGAGCAGAAACCUGUUGGUCUGGACGAAGCAGAUUUGCGGUUCAAAGCUGGAUCGUACUUCAGUGAAAGUGCCAGCAGUAAAAUGAAUCUGAAGGGUGACCACUCUUUGCCCAAGAUGACAUCCAGCUUAAAGGCGAAGGCAUCGAAGAGCGAAGCUGUGCACCGUUACGGGAGCCACAUGUCCCUGGAGAGGUGUGAUAGCCUGACGUCGGUCGGAUCCAAAGCGAGCAUGACGAGGGAGAACGGGAGCGCCAGCAACAGCCGGGCAGGGCGCUCUGUCCCCAGGCUGGGGGUCCCCCCUAUCGCCUCGGGGGUGGGUUUGCCACCACCCUUCACCGCCUCAGCGCCCGCUAAAAACAGCCAGGCAAAACCCACGGCUAACCCCAAGAUGCAAGUGAAUGGGAAUAAAAACCGGGGCCUCUCCGCCAGUGGGUCGAAGUCCCUCAGUUCCUCUGUGAAGUCCCUGGCGCAGCCCGCAGGAAAGUGCUCUGGCAUGGCUCCUGGCGGGAAGACGGCCACCGGCAGUGCCUCCUCGGCGCACGACUCCAUGAGCGAAAGCGGGAUGUCGUCGCCGGGCCGGAUGAGGAGCCUCAAGUCACCCAAGAAACGAUCGACAGGUCUCCAGCGUCGUAGACUGAUUCCUGCUCCAUUGCCAGAUGCUGCCUCCCUAGGAAGAAAACCCAGUGUCACUGGCCAAUGGGUUGAUCUGCCACCUUUGCCAGGCACUUUAAAAGAGCCAUUUGAAAUUAAAGUUUAUGAGAUAGAUGAUGUGGAACGAUUACAGCGACACAGACAAGAGGAAACUGAGCCUUUCCAGGAUGUUGAGAAGGGUCUGAUGUAUUUCCAUACCAAGCUGAAGAUACUAGAAAGGCGCCAGCAGCGAAUCAGAGAAGUAAAGGCAAAGCAUGAAUUUUUGAAGGAAGAGUUGGAAGAGACAAAGUGCAGGUUGAUGAUGGAUCCAAAUAAGUGGAAAGAAGAUUUUGAAGUGGAUCCUGAUCUCGAUAAGGAGUCACAGGAGUACCUGGAGGCACUGGAACAAGUGACAGAGGAACUGGAGCAGUGUGUUAAUCUGUGCAAAUCACAUAUCAUGAUAGUGACGUGUUUUGAUAUUGGAAUAACAGACGCACAAGAUGGAGUAAGGGAAGUGGAGGUCUGA